AUGGAUUUUUUAGAUGCCAAAGCAUGUAAUUUACCUCGACAAAUAGGAACUGGCCCAUAUCGUAUACCGCGAUGGUACUAUAAUUCAGUUAGGAUGCGAUGCGAGCUGUUUUACUGGUCCGGUUGUUGCGCAAACGGAAAUAAUUUUCCAUCAAUGCACAACUGUCAAAAAUUAUGUGAAGUUGACCCAUGCAAGCAAGAUUUGGAUCAGGGGCAUGGCAAUGCCUUACAAGUCCGAUAUUACUUCAACAAAUAUACCAGAACAUGUGAGCAAUUCGAUUAUCGCGGUAUCAAUGGAAACCGGAACAACUUCGAAUCUUUACAGGAAUGCCAGCAGCAGUGUUCAGAAGCAUUGAAUCCAUGCGCAUAUGGUAGCAGCACCCCUCAAAUUGCGUGCUCUAGUAACAGUGUUUGUGGUGUCAACCAAUUUUGUCAUAUCGGACAGUCUCCGUUAACAACCGUCUGCUGCAAUAGAUCACCAACCGGAGAUCGAUGUCAUCAGGUAUUGAAUACGGGUUUAGGAAAUGCCUUUUUACAACGAUGGUACUUCAAUGCCAAUUUAGAACACUGUGAACCAUUCAUUUAUAGAGGAUUGCAGGGAAACGAAAAUAACUUUUUAAACCAAAAUGACUGCCAAAUGAUUUGUUCCGUGAAUCCAUGUGCUGCCGGAGAACCAUAUCAGAUUCAGGGAAAUAUCGUGCAGUGUUCACCAGCCAAACCAUCAGUAUGUCCUGUUGGGCACUAUUGUCAUAUUGGAGCUGAGCCACAAACGACCGUUUGCUGUCCAAAUCUUGGAGGUAAUGCAUGUGAGCAACAAGUGGAUAGAGGCCAAGGAAAUUACCAAUUGCAGCGAUGGUACUGGAACGUUGCUAGUCAACGAUGCAUGCCUUUCGUUUAUGCUGGCUUGAAGGGCACCCAAAAUAACUUUUUAAGCCAGGAAACCUGCGACAGAACUUGCUAUGUAUUCGAGAAUCCGUGUGUAUCGGGCAAACCGCAGCAAGGAAUGAAUAAUCGUCCGUUAAGUUGUAGCUCAAUUUAUAACAGUUGUGCAACAACACAUUGGUGUCACAUCGGUGCGAUACCGCAAACAACAGUAUGUUGUCCCGGAAGAGUGGAAGGUCCAGCUGUUUGCAAAUUAUCGCUGGCCUUUGGUUCUGGUAAUGCCAACUUAAAACGAUGGUAUUUCGAUCAAAAUAGCCUAAAUUGCAUUCCAUUUAGCUAUGGUGGAAUGCACGGAAAUCAAAAUAAUUUUCUAACACAACAUCAGUGUCAGCAAGUCUGUCCAGGGUUCACAAAUCCCUGUGAAUCCGGUAAUCCAGAAACUGAUACCAAUGGUCAUAUCAAAAUAUGUAGCAAGUCGUUCAAUUCAUGCAGCUCGACAUUCUGGUGUCAUGUAGGAGCUCAACUGCGGACAACACUUUGUUGUCCAGGCCGAAUUAAGGAAUCAAUCGUAUGUCAACUGCCACUUGCAAUCGGUGAUGGUGGAGCCAAUCUCCAACGAUGGUACUUCAAUAACAAUAUCCAUCAAUGUGUAUCAUUUACUUACGGUGGCUUGUACGGGAACCAAAAUAGUUUCCUGACCCAACAACAAUGCGAGCAAGCCUGUCCUGCAUUUGUCAACCCAUGUGCUUUGGGUGAUGCGCAAAUGGGACAGGACGAGCGUCCACAAUCGUGUAUUUCUCAUAACCAAUGUGCUAACGGUUAUUGGUGCCACAUUGGUGCAAUCUCGCAAACAACCGUAUGUUGUCCAGGAAGAGCACAAGAAUAUGCAAUUUGUCUGCAACCAAUGACUGAAGGAAUGGGAAACGCAAACUUGCAGCGAUGGUAUUAUGAUAUGAAUUCCAGGCAGUGUCUGUCAUUUACUUAUCACGGUAUGAUGGGUAAUCAGAAUAACUUUCUGAGCAAGCAAGGGUGCCAAAUGGCUUGUCCUGCAUAUGUGAAUGUAUGUCCACAAGGUGUUCCAUUGUUGGAAAUGAGCACCAAUCAACCCCGACUUUGCACAUUCGGUGAAAAUAGCUGUGGGUCAAAAUAUUGGUGUCAUCUAGGCUUGGUACCAAACGAGUAUCAAUGUUGCCCUGACGCAGAAAGCAAUUCUGCAAUAUGCAAGAUGCCUUCGUCAGUAGGUAUCAAGGGAGCACCUGCACCACCUGCCAACCGUUGGUAUUAUGAUGAAACUACGUUAACCUGUAAAACUUUCGAGUAUAAUGGAAGAAAAGGAAACCAAAAUAACUUUAUAACUGAAGCUGAUUGCGUAUCUACCUGCACAGUUUUCGUGAAUCCAUGUAAUCGGUCAGUAGCACUGCCACCACAAACUUGUUCCAGUUCACAGGCAUGUGCCACUGGUACUUAUUGCCACUAUGGAGCAACAUCAGAAACAACGAUUUGUUGUCCUUUCGAAGGAAAUCGUUGUGAGCAGCCAAUGGCUCGCGGCACCGGCGGUGGAUCACUGCAACGAUGGUAUUACAAUUCGCGGAAAGGAGUCUGUGAAAUAUUCAUCUACAGUGGAUUGCAUGGCAAUGCUAAUAAUUUUUUGAACAAAGAGAACUGUGAAAUUGCCUGCAGAAUAAAUCCCUGUCCUGAUGGCCAACCGUUUACCACUUCAAAAGGCGUUUAUCAAACCUGUGUUGUAUCAUCACUGCACUUAAACAGCUGUCCCAGUGAUUACUGGUGCCAUCCUGGUAGCAAUUCGCUUACUACAAUUUGCUGUCCCGGAGCAGUUAAUGAUCCAUGUAAUUUGCCAAUGAUAAUAGGCGAAGGCGCCGAAGAGUUAGAACGUUACUAUUAUGAUGCAGUGACAAGAACAUGUCGAAUUUUUACAUAUCAUGGUAUAAAGGGGAAUCAGAAUAAUUUCUUAUCACAGAGAGCCUGUCAACUGCGAUGUCGUCCGUCGGAAAAUCCGUGUAUUGGACAACCAGCAACAACCAGUGUAAGUCAAAUACUCUUUUGUUCAGCAAUGAAUAAAGAGGUGUGUCCGGUAAAUUACUGGUGCCAUAUUGGUGCGACACCAGAAACAACUAUCUGCUGUCCUGGAGCAACAAAUCCAUGUUCAGUACCACUUUCACCCGGUUCUGGUAAUGCGAAUUUGUCACGGUGGUACUACAGUGCUGAUGAUCAUGAAUGUUUACCUUUUCAAUACAAUGGCAUACGAGGCAAUCAGAACAAUUUCGCAUCACAAACAGAAUGCUCGAGGACUUGUCCAGGUUAA